AUGCACAGCCUUCUCAUCGGAGCUGUAGCCGAAGACAUACAACCAACAGUCGUCUCCGCCGAAAAUGGCUACCAUGGAUGGAAGGCGCUUAAAGACCUCUACGAUCGCGUAUCCCCAAACACGAUGAUCACACUCCUCAGCCGUGUUCUAGACACAAAGAUGCAAGACAACGGUAACCUAACCGAGCAUCUCGAGACCUUCAACACAAACUGGAACACUCUUAAGACCAGGUGUCAGAGCGGCGACCACAAACUCGCUCAGGCUCUGCUACCCCUCACCAAAUCCAACGAAGCGAUGGCAGCAUUACUACUUGCCUCACUGCCAAAGUCGAUGAGCAACAUCGUCGAUAACAUCCAGACCAAACAGGAUGUUACAUACGAAGAUGUACGCCAACGGCUACAAAACCUACAAGAGCAUAGCCGUCUCACCGGCAACAACAGGGUACUUCACACCAGAAAUACCCCCACACCAAACGGCAAAGAAUGCACCUGGUGCAAGAAAAGGAACCAACUGUACCAGGGCUAUGAGUACAAGGAGUGCAGAAAGCUCAAAGAACAGAACAAGACAAGGGACACAAACAGUAGGAGAAUCUCAAGGGACGGUGAUAGCAAGUAUUCCGCAGGGUACGAUUGGCGACAGUAG